AUGGCGGCAGCAGCAGCUUCUCUUCGUACUCGUGCCUCUUCAGCUGCAGCGGAUUCUUUUUGUGACUCUUCAAUCCAUCGUUUCCAUCUUCUUUCUACUUCUGCAGCAAGCCGACUCGUGUUGUGGCUGCCUCUCUCUCUUUCUCUGCUUAACUUCUUCCGAUUUCCUUUUUCCAUCAUACGUGGCUCUCUUCGCUUUAUCGGACAACAGAUCCCAAGCAUUCCCAACCAGUUUAAACGCGCCCUCCGCGCCGUUAAACCUGUUCUUGUCUGGAUGAAGACAAAGAGCCAACUUCUUGUAGUGAUCUACACCGAGGAUUCCAUACCAAUCAGAUUUGACCCCUCCGAUGUAAACAUCUAUCAUCGUCGAGACUUGUUUCAAGCCAUCGAGAUCUGGGUACAGAUUCUGAGCCUUGUUCACGAAUCUUUUCGCCCCGUUGUAAUCCUUCUCCGAGAGUUUCCUCUGUGCAACAUCCAACGCUCUUCUACCAUCUUCCUUAUUACAUUCCAUGGCGUUUAUUUCUCUCCGGGAAACAAUCGAGAAGCAAAAAGAGAACGAAACUACGAUUUUGGUUCCGAUGACCUAGACAACGAGAGCAGCGGAAAAAAACGAAAUCAGAGAGGAAGGAUAAUGAUACGACCUACAAGUAACCGUUAG